CUCCAUCUCUUGUGGCUUUGGAGUAGAAUUGACUUACGGAAAGGCGGUCUGAGGGUAACUAGCUAAGAAAGCAAUGGUCACAGGUGGAGUUCCCGUCCUUCUGAUACCCCAUGACUCAUCCUUUCGCCUCAUAUGUAGAACGGACAUCUUUGACGACAAUGAAUCCCUUGAGGAUUAGACCGGCUUAGAGCAAAGAUCUGGACAAAUCGAUCGAGUAAUUCUUGAGUUGUGAUAGUCGAACAGGACGUGGGAAAUUGUAGUCAGGCUACAAGGCAACAAUUCCGUUUUCGCGACAUCCAUCUUCGCGACUUCGCCUCUCAGAAACAACUCCUGUCAUUCAACCAAGAUCAUCCGCCGAGAACUCAUCAAGAACCAUCGAUAUUCACUCCGUCACCGAGAACCCAUCAAGAACCGAUCAUGGGAAAGAAGAAGAGGAAUCAUCCCGAUGUCGAAGAUGUCCUGUCACGACCUUGGUGCUACUAUUGUGAGCGCGAUUUCGAUGACUUAAAGAUCCUCAUAUCUCAUCAGAAGGCUAAGCACUUCAAGUGCGAUAGAUGUAAUCGUCGGUUGAAUACCGCUGGAGGUUUGUCCGUUCAUCUGAAUCAAGUCCACAAAGAGACCCUCAAUGCCGUUGACAAUGCCCUUCCCAAUCGACAGGGCUUGGAUGUGGAAAUCUUUGGGAUGGAAGGUAUCCCGGAGGAUGUCGUCAACUCACACAAACAACGCGUCCUUCAACAAUACUACGAAGCUCAAGCCGAUCGUCAAGCACAAACCGGAAACCCAGCUCCUGGUGCAAAUGCUCCAAAGAAACCGAAAUUCGAAUCUCCAUCCGAUUUGAAGAGGAGAUUGGCCGAACACAAAGCUAAGAAAGCUGCCGAAGCCGCUGGAAGUAGUGGUGAUGUAACACCGUUACAGGGAGCUCAAAGUCCAGCCGCUGCUACUCAAAGUCCGGUUCCUUUCCACCCGCCCUUCCCUUCACACCAAGUACCUCAUAUCCCUCCCCAAACCAGUCCUCCUCCCUAUGGACAGUUUCCGCCUUACGGUCAGCAAGCUUUCCCUCCAUCUUGGGUUCCCGGAAUGCCUCAAGUCCCUCCCAUGCCCGGUGGAUACUCACCAGGUCAAUAUCCAUCCAUCUCCCCCCCAUUCCAAGGACAUCCGCAAGUCCUUCGACAAAAUCUCCCAAAUGCCCCGGGACUUCCACAAAGACCCGCCUUUGGCGCUCCCCAGGUGAAUUCAUUUCAGUUUCAGCAAAUGCAUCAAGGCCAUGCUCAACCAUCUUCACCGGGCCCUAACCAGACCCAGGGAGUCAAUGGUCACAACGCGGCCGCUUUCUCCGCGUCAGUUGAUGAACUGAUUGCUAGCACCAAACAGGAAAUGGACAAAUCCAAACCAAGUGCAACGGAGAAAUCAAAGAAAGACUUCCGUUUGGUUUAUUCGGAUAAUGAGGUUAGUCCGGAGGAGAAGAUGGCAACCCUUCCAAGGUACGCAUUCGUUCCAAACAACAAACCAGAAACCGUCUUGGGGGAUGUGGAGGGUAGUGUGACGGGUCCUGUGGUAGGUCCAGACGAUGUCAUGGACAAAUCAGGUUGAUCCGGUUGCUUCAGAGGCGAUGGAAAGUGCUCACUUAGUACUCCCGACUCCCUACGACACGAGAUCAUAGGCCAUCGGAGUUGCAGAUUCAUUAUGGGAUAUGGUCAGUCAGUCCAUCGGUGUUCAUAGUUCUUGCGGGAACUGAUUCUUCAUUCAAGUUCUGGUCCGAAGGAUGGAUGGAAUACCGUUUGUAAGUCGAUUGAUACAAAUUUUCAAGCCUUUUCAUGAUUUCCA